AUGAAAGCCACGUACAGCACACAACGCUUUGAAAUAAACAAUGGAAAGAGCGUUGAGGAUGUUCUUAAGCAGUGGCCUUUCCUUGCUGAGGAGAAAUGGCUCUUAGACCAUUUCCACUCCCUAACAGGGAUUGACUUACAAGAGUUACUAAAUGAUUCUCUUAUGUCAAAGGCAUCCAGGCUGUUUGAAUAUCUCAAAACCAAGAGUAACCCUGCAUCAUUGGUAGAAGUUGUUCAUCAGAUCAAAACCACUGACAUGGUGACAAGAAAUGACAUCAGUGACCUUCCCUCUACACCCUGCAUUGCAGUUAUCGGAAACAUGUACUCGCCUAAUGCUAAGCAUUAUCUUGCAAUCGAUGGCAAUAUCAUCAACUCGGUGAAGUCAGACAAAGCUUUAACCACGAUGUUUGCAGCCUACUAUGUUUUCAACAUUCACUACACUAAGGAGGCAUCCUGCACCCUAGAUUUUGUUCAGAGAUUCUUCAUGGGAAUAAAUCCGAGUGAUGGGUCAAAGACUGGGGUGAAGAAGAGAGACGGCAAUGUCAGUGGUAAAGUCUUUGCACUGGCCACUGCAAUGGCCCUCUUCGAAAGUGACUGGACACAAACAAAUGAGCAGUAA